GGUAUAACCUGGGUCCUGGUAUACCGAACAGACAAAUACAAGAGAUUAAAGGCUGAAGUGGAAAAACAGAGCAAAAAAUGUAAGUACUUUUCAGAUAUUAGAGAGGAUGUCUGCUGUUCUUCUUGUAGCCUCCUUUGGCAAAUGUAAAAAUGAACAGAGUCUGUGCUCUGAGAUAUUUCUGCUGCAUUUUCUUCUAAGGGAGAGAAGCUUGGGCUUCAUUGGAUCUGAAUUUUACAUGUGUAGCAGAAAUACUAAGUCAUGGCCUGAAGCGGUGAUUGAACACCUGAUGGGAAGGCAGGGCCAACCCAGGGGAGCUCAGCUGUAUGCAAUGCACCUGAGUGACCAGAAGAGCUGGAGCCAGGAUCCACCCCUUCCCAGACCUCGUUUAAGGGUUGGCAGUGGAGGUGAGGGUAUCUCUUGCUGGAGAUUCCUGCCUACCUGAGAUAAGCAGCUCUUUUUCUUCAUUUUUGUGUCUGUGACUGCUGCAUUUGAGCUUGUCCUCGUUUGCUGUAGCCAAAGACUUUGCUACCCUGCUAUUAUCAUCCCAUUAUAGUAUUGCAGUAGAUUACCUAAAUUGGUACAGAGGGGACUUAUCUCUGUUCUUAAUUUUUGCCUUUUUGUGGAAUUGAGGCUGAUAGAAAGACCUGAAUUGUACUCCAUUCCCCUCCUGCUUUUCUUGGAGGACAGGAGGGAGAUCAGUACUGGAGUCAGCUUCUGAGCAUGAGUAGCCUGUGUGUAUGUGUAUAUAUGUGUAUUUCUUCAGAUCCCUGAAAUAAAUUCAGGGAUGCAGCUUUUGCUUUUCAAGGAGGAUGAAGGAUGUGAGAUAUGUCAUAAGAACGGUUUGAAGGAUUACCGUGAGAAGUAAAGCAUGAUACAUAAAAAGUGAUGAUUAAGGAUGGGAAAUGAGUAAGGACAGAGUCGUGAUAGAAGGAUCUAAGAUGUCAGUUGAUAUAAAAAAUAUUCUAGUAUAAACUGGAAACAAAAAUAGAAUUGGAUAGAAAAAAACUGUCCCAGAUAAAAAAAAAAAAAGAGGGAAGGAUUAGACAAGGAUAGCAAAAGGGAGCAGAGAGAGAGCAGUCAAAGAUACACAUUAGAUAUUAAAAUAAGAAGUAAUUUUGAAAAGGUAUGUUUGAGUAUGGAGUGUUUCAGUGGACCUGUCUGUAUCAGAAACCAUGGAGCAGAGGAGAAAUUGAGCUGUGUGUUCAAACUUGAUCUUGUAUUCUCUGUGUGGGUUCCAGUAGUAAGAGACAGUACGUGAUGAUGUGGGGGUUGAACCUGAGCUGGUGUUAACCUUAAUGCUUUUUCACCAUGGUAUCAGUGCUUCUGGAAAACAAGAGAAAAUAUUAUUAAACCAUGUUUUUUUCUUCCAGUCUAGCCUUCCCAGAGGCAAGAUAAGCUGGAAAGUGAAAGUUAGUCAUCUUUGUGUCUCAGCUCCUAAAUUUAGGGGCUUUUGUCAUCACAGCAGUAUCAGCUGGGGAUUGCAUCUGUGCCCACCCCCACUCUAAUCCCGCUUGGGUGAUAAAAAGGAGUUGGGCAGAAUUAGCCACAGAAGGCAAGUUAGAGAAGCAAUUGAAACCCAUCUGAGAACUGAAGAGUAGAACUCAAAGGCUGUUAGCACGGCUUAUUCUCUGCAGUGUAAUGAUUUCUGUAAGGCUUCAGUGCAGUUUGUUUUUAUAGCUGUCCUGAUAUCUAGGUUAUAAUCUGUGAAGGGAAAGUUUAUGCAUCUCAGUUCGUUUCUAAUCUCUUUGUUUGACGCUCAGUCUAGUCCCCUAAAUCACCACCCUCCAAAAAAGAACAGAAUAAUGAGGAGUUGCUAAAAAUUAGGGCUUGAUCUGUUUUCCUCUCGCACUGAGGACAUCUGGCUGACCUGAUGGCUUACAGGCAAUUUGUAGAGCUCUUGAGCCACACCUUUCAACUGUUACCCAACACAUCUGAAACAGGAAAAAACACAUGAGAGAUCUUUAAGUUCUCCUUUGGGAGUACUAGCAAUCCUAACAGUUUGCCAAAACAAAUGGGCUGAGUAGUAUGCUUGAGCAGUGUUCUUACUCGUAAUCCUUAGUUUCAUCUCUCCCUAUUCUCUUGUUUCUGUUGAGAGACACAGCACUGUUGGAGACUGAUGAAAUGAUAGCAGAUGUCCUAGGAUAAACGUAGCAGUAAACUUGCAAUAAGUAUUUCUGGUCUGCAGGGUAUGCUUGGAAGUGUUAUCCGUAUUCCUGCAGACAGCCCUGUGAGGCUGCCUGACAGUUAUUUGUCCUGUGCAAGCCAUAAGGGAAGUUAGGCUGUGGGGUCUGUCAGGCCUGACAUAAGGCCCAAUAGCACUACUUGGAGUGAAGCUGGGAUCUGGAGGUGCCCCCUGGUUACAGCUGGAAAGAACAGAUAGCCCUGAAAAGCCAGUGUUUUCCAGACUAAGGGAUUAUGUGGGCUAGGGUUGGGUUGGACUGAUCAUGGUAUCCCAGCUGGAACAAAAUGCUCUCUUGUGAACAUAGAUGUAUGGUUGUUUGGAACCUCUCUUCAGCAUUCCUUCUGAACAGGCUUGCCUAGCUUGUGCUCUUCUAGCUUGCUCAUUCAAGAUGUGCUUAUUCUUUGGAAAAACAGCUGUCUUACAACAGAUGUGUUGUAGAUGUUGUGUGGACACCUUGUUUAGGCUAGCAUGGAUUUCCUGGCAGUUGUAUGUGGCUGAAUUGCAGAUGACAAGCACUUCAGAAGCCAGCACGACAAACCUUUUUGUAACUUGGAAGGCUGUUUUCACUUUACCUGUGCUUUAAAAUCUGCACUAGAGUAUGUCUCUGGUGUCCCUGUUCAUUGCAGGGGAGUUGGACCAGAUGGCCCUCAGAAGUCCCUUCCAACUCUAAGGAUUCUAUGAUCUAACAUCCGUGUUGAGCUAGAACUAGUAAGAGAGAAGAGUUCUGGUGUUCAGCUCUCUAAAGCUGAUUGUGUGAGCUGACAAGAGUCAAGUCUUCUUGUUGGAAAAUACAGUAGAUGUAUGUAGAGUUCAGGGUAAGAAAGGACUGUUGUGUGUUUUUAUUAUCAUAGCUGUGCUUGAUCAUCCUCUUGUUAUAGGUCUUAGCUCAAGACCAGUCUCUUUCUGUUCUGGCUGUUUUCAGAAGAGCACUUUGAGAUGGGCAGCACACUAUCUAUAUUUGAAGUUUGCUAUGCUGGUCUUACAUUAGAUUUAGGGCUUUUUUAAUGCAGUGUUGGUGGUUUGGAUUUGUUUGGUGAGUGUCUGACUUGGGGUUUUACUAACUAUGAGCUUAGGCUCUUACUUUAAAAGACUGGAACUGCUUCAGUACUAAUUAAUUGAAAAGGAAUGGAGAUGCUCUAGCUGACUGCUUGGAUGGCGUUUCCCCUGAGAAUUACACCCCUUCUUCACAGGCAGGCAGAGAACACAAGCUUUCCUGUGUUCUGCUUCCCACUGCAGAUAAUCGGGAGCAGAGCUUGCCACAAAGCUCUUUUCAUUAGACUUGCUGAAUCAAAAGUACUGUCUACUACUAAUGACAAGUCAGCAGUGGUCAUUUCAGCUAAGAUUGUCCUCAGGCUGCUUGGUUGGCAAUUGGAAAAGAAGAAAGAAACGAUAACUGAAUCAGCAGGCCGACAGCAGAAGAAGAAAAUAGAGAGACAAGAGGAGAAACUGAAGAAUAACAACAGAGACUUGUCAAUGGUUCGGAUGAAAUCCAUGUUUGCCAUUGGCUUCUGCUUCACUGCCUUGAUGGGGAUGUUUAAUUCUAUAUUUGAUGGCCGAGUGGUGGCAAAGCUUCCUUUUAUCCCCCUCUCAUACAUCCAGGGCCUGUCCCACCGCAACCUUCUGGGUGAGGAUUACACUGACUGCUCCUUCAUCUUCCUCUACAUUCUCUGCACAAUGUCUAUCAGGCAGAACAUCCAGAAGAUGCUCGGCCUUGCUCCUUCCCGGGCUGCCACCAAGCAAGCAGGGGGCUUCCUUGGCCCCCCACCUCAGGCAGGGAAGUUCUCUUAAAGCACAGUUACAGCCUUUGCUGCAGGUCUGCCAGCCGCACAAGACUGCCUUUGGGAGGUAACACAACGGGUUUCUACACCAGGCUUCCUGUGGCCAAAACCAGCCUAUGCAGUAUUUACCACAGUCUUGGAAACAUCUUGCAUUUGAAGUAUUCCAACAGCAGUUGCCUGCUCAUCAAACCAAGAAAGUUCUCAGAAGAUAACUUGACCUUUUGUUUCUGAAAAAUAAAUGGCUCGGGCAUGUUGA